ACGCGUUUUUUUCUCGCCAGUGGAAGCUCUGCGCUCCUGACGCCACCACAACAUCAUCCACGCACAAGUCCACCACAGCCAGCCGUGCACCGUCGGUCUCAACGUGCAAAGCAAUCCAACAGAGCUUUCCGUGGAGAAUUUCAAGAGGUGCGUGUGUCAACAAUCUCAACUGUGCCAAAUUGCAAUCGUGGAAAAAACGCACCGCGACGCACAGUCCCCGCAAGUUUGGACUACGCGCUCUACUGGAAGUUUACAGCUUCGGACAGGCUCCCAGAAGCUCCGUGCAGGUGGAGUGGGUGGAGGGCUGAAUGGACUGAAGGAGUGAAACCUAGGCCGACGGAGACUCACAAGCGGGGAGGAGGAGGAGGAGGAGGAAAGGGGGGGAUCAGGAGGGGAAGUGGCACAUCACUACCCGAGGAGCAGGCCGAAAAAAAAAGGGGGGCUCGGGGGGGGGGUGUUGGAGACAGAGUGAACUAAUCCAGUGGCGAGUAUUUGAGGAGAGCGUCGCCGUCGAAGGGGAGGGAGUUGGAUACCCAGCAUGCCGGCAGCAUGGAACGGGUGAGGGAGCAGCGGCCUUUCUGCUCGCUGUCCAAGCACCAGAGAGACAGAGAGAGAGAGUGCGAGAAAGACAGGGAUCGCGAGCGCCGAUAUACCGCCUCCUCGGCUGACCGGGAGGAGGGACCCUGCCGCGUACCCACUCAGACAUCCUACAGCUCCAGCGAGACGCUCCAGGCCUUUGACCAUGACCCAUCGCGGAUGCUGUUCGGAGGCAGAGUCAAGGAGAUGGUCCACAAGGAAAGUGCAGAAUACAGCAGGCCAGGGCAGACGUUUUCACUGAGGCAACUCGGGAUCUGUGAACCAUCGGCUCGCAGAGGCUUGGCUCUUUGCCCUGAAACGGGCCUCUCCCACCCGCUCAGCAGCUACACCAGAGGACCGGCCGCCACGGAAAACCAUGAACCUGUAUCCCCGGAACGUACCAUGUCUCUAUGGGGAACGGGGGCAAAGUCUGGGCAAAAUUCCUGCCUCUCCAGCCGCUCUAACUCAGCACUCACACUCACUGACACGGAAAUGGACAAUAAAUCGGACAAUGAGACGGGUGACCAUCUAUCUAGUCAGCAGGGCCCGCCCCCUCUGCCACCAGCUCCGCCGCCACACAAGCAGCAUCCGUCCAUCACGUCCCUGAGUCGCAGCUCACUGGCCAAUCAAAGGAGCCCGAGCCCGCCGCCAUCAGCCGGUCUGGCGGCUGAGUUGCAGAGUACGGCGGAAUGCGUCCAGCUGCAGGACAGCUGGGUCCUGGGCAGCAAUGUGGCCCUGGAGAGCAGGCACUUUCUUUUUAAAACGGGCACAGGAACGACACCUUUCUUCGGCGCAGCGGCCCCUGGCUACACCAUGGCAACGGGGACGGUUUACUCCACACCAGCGCGCCCUUUGCCCAGAAACAGCCUGUCCAGAGGAGCUUUCAAGUUCAAGAAGUCACCCAAACACUGCUCCUGGAAAUGCACUGCCCUGAUUGCUGUUGGCAUCGCUGUUGUGCUGUCCAUCAUUCUCUGCUACUGCAUAGCAAUGCACCUUUUCGGCCUCAAUUGGCAGCUCCAAGAAUUGGACAACCAGCCGGCUUUUGAGAACGGAGGAGUUGGGAAGACAGGGCCCACUCAGUCGAGCAUAGUGACGGCUCUGUCUGCUGAUAACGGAAGGAGUAGCGUGCUUCAUCAGGAAAACAACUCCAUCGACACUGGCCAGGUGGACAUAGGGAAGCGUGUGGGUCAGAGCGUCCCACCCGGGAUUUUCUGGCGUUCACAACUUAACAUGGAACAACCGCGCUUCCUCAAAUUCAACAUCUCGGUCCAGAAAAAUGCUUUGAUUGGAGUCUAUGGACGGAAAGGCCUUGCACCAUCUCACACUCAGUAUGACUUUGUGGAGCUGCUGGACGGAAGCCGGCUUAUCGCCAAAGAGCAUCGGACUCCGAGCGAACCCGAAACGAGAGCCCGGCUCGAGCACCCGGUUACCGUCCACCAAGCAGGUUUCAUCCAGUACCUGGACUCGGGGGUGUGGCAUCUGGCGUUUUAUAACGACGGGCGAAGCGUGGAGGCGGUGUCCUAUAACACCAUCAUCCAGGAAUCUGUCACCGAGUGCACACACAACUGCUACGGGAACGGAGAGUGUGUAGCAGGAUCAUGUCACUGUUUCCCAGGAUUCAUAGGGCCAUACUGCUCCAGAGCCGCCUGUCCAAUCCUGUGCAGCGGUAACGGCCAGUACACCAGGGGGCGCUGUCAAUGCUACAGCGGCUGGAAGGGCACGGAGUGUGACGUCCCGGCCUCCCAGUGUAUUGAUCCUCAAUGUGGGGGACAUGGACUGUGCGUGGCUGGCAACUGUGUGUGCAACACAGGCCACAAAGGAAUCAACUGUGAACAAGUGGACUGUGUGGACCCGACGUGCUCCGGUCACGGAACCUGUCAUCACGGUGAGUGCCACUGUAACCCGGGCUGGGGAGGCAUCGGCUGUGAGAUACUGAAGAGCACUUGUCCAGAGCAGUGCUCCAGUCACGGCACCUUCAACACCGACUCGGGGACCUGCAUCUGCGAGGCCAACUGGACGGGGGCCGACUGCUCCAUAGAAGUGUGUGUGGUAGACUGCGGUCCCCACGGCUCAUGCAUCAGCGGUGUGUGUCACUGCGAGGAAGGCUGGACAGGACCAGAAUGCGAGCAGAGGGACUGUCACCCACGCUGCAUCGAUCACGGAGUCUGCCGGGAGGGCAAAUGCGACUGCCACCAGGGCUGGACUGGUGAACACUGCACCAUCGCCCUGGAUUCCAGAGUAUCAGGAGCAGUCAAGAUAGGAUAUAAAGAUGGCUGCCCCGGGCUGUGCAACAACAACGGGAGGUGCGUCCUGGAUCAGAAUGUCUGGCACUGCAUCUGCCAGUCAGGAUGGAGAGGGCUCGGAUGCGAUGUAGCGACCGAGACGCUCUGCUCAGAUGGCAAGGAUAACGAGGGAGAUGGACUCGUCGACUGCAUGGACCCGGACUGCUGCACUCAGAUCGCCUGCCAGGGUCAGACCUACUGUCGAGGCUCGCCUGACCCGGCUGCCAUCGUGGGCCAGGGCCAGGGGUCUGCGGCGGCGGCUUCGGUGGCUUUGACGGCGCAGCCCACGUCGAAGAGCUUCUACGAUCGUGUCAGCUUUUUGAUUGGCCCCAGCGGCAGUCACGUGAUACCCUGGGAUAACCCGUUCAACAGCAGCCUGGCAUCAGUCAUCCGGGGUCAGGUCCUCACGGGAGAUGGGACACCGCUGAUUGGAGUCAACGUGUCUUUUCUGCACUACCCGGAGUACGGCUACACCAUCACACGGCAAGACGGCAUGUUUGACCUUCUGGCCAAUGGCGGAGCUUCUCUGACGCUGAGUUAUGAGCGUGCUCCGUUCCCCACGCUACACCGCACCGUGUGGCUGCCCUGGAACGUUUUUCACGUGAUGGACACCGUCGUGAUGAAGCGCGAAGAGAAUGACAUUCCCAGCUGCUACCUUACAGGCCUAAUUAGACCCAAUCCGCUAAUCCUGGCCACGCCCCUUUCCACCCUCUACAAGACCUCUCCAGAGGACAGUCCCAUCAUCCCCGAGACCCAGGUCCUCCAUGAGCAAGUGGCCAUACCAGGCAGCGACCUCAACCUGGUCUACCUGAGCUCCAGGGCAGCUGGCUACAAGCCCAUCCUCAAGGUGCUCCUGACCCUGGACCGCCUCCCCUUUGGCCUGAUGAAGGUCCACCUGAUGGUGGCCGUCAUGGGCCGACAGUUCCAGAAGUCUUUCCCUGCCUUCCCUGACCUCUCCUACACUUUCAUCUGGGAUAAAACAGACGCCUACAAUCAGAAGGUCUACGGCCUGGCAGAAGCUGUGGUGUCGGUGGGGUACGAAUACGAGUCCUGCCUUGAUGUGGUGCUCUGGGAGAAGAGGACGGCGGUGUUACAAGGCUAUGAACUGGAUGCAGCUAACAUGGGAGGGUGGAUGUUGGACAAACACCACAUAUUGGACAUUCAGAAUGGCAUCCUUUACAAAGGCAGCGGGGAGAACCAGUUCAUCUCCCUCCAGCCUCCUGUGAUCUCCACUGUCAUGGGGAAUGGGCGGCGCAGAAGCAUCUCAUGCCCCAGCUGUAAUGGCCAGGCCCUGGGCAACAAGCUGCUGGCGCCGGUGGCCCUGGCGUGGGGCAUCGAUGGAAGUUUGUAUGUGGGAGAUUUUAACUACAUCCGACGCAUCUACCCAUCUGGCAAUGUCACCAGUAUCAUGGAGCUCAGAAAUAAAGACUUUAGACACAGUAACAACCCAGCGCACCGCUACUACUUGGCGACUGACCCAGUAACCGGCCAACUGUACGUUUCUGACACCAACUCCCGGAAGAUCUACCGACCGAAAUCCCUGACCGUGACCAAGGAUCUGCAGUCGAAUGCAGAAGUGGUGGCAGGGACCGGUGAGCACUGCCUGCCCUUCGAUGAGAACCACUGUGGCGACGGAGGCAAAGCUCCAGAGGCCUCUCUCACCGGACCCAAAGGCAUCGCCGUAGACAAGAAUGGCCUGAUUUAUUUUGUUGAUGGCACGACAAUUCGUAAGGUGGACCAGAACGGCAUCGUUUCCACCUUCCUGGGCUCAAAUGACCUGACAUCUGCGCGGCCUCUGACCUGUGACAACAGUAUGGACAUCAAUCAGGUGAUUUUGGAGUGGCCCACGGACCUCGCAGUCAGCCCUAUGGAUAAUUCGCUGUACGUUCUGGACAACAACAUAGUGCUGCGAAUCACAGAAAACGGUCAAGUGAGCAUUGCUGCUGGGCGACCUGUCCACUGCCCUUUGGCUGGGCUCGACCGUGGUGUGGCUGGUGGUCAAAGGGCACAGUUAACCCCUUUAGAAUCUGCCGUUUCCAUUGCCAUAUCUUACCAUGGGGCCAUCUACAUAGCAGAAACAGACGAGAGAAAGAUGAGCAGGAUCCGGAAGGUUUCUGUGGAUGGGGAGAUAACGCACUUGGCCGGGGCUCUCUCUGACUGUGACUGCAAGAACGAUGCCAACUGUGACUGUUACCAGACAGGGGACGGCUAUGCCAAAGAUGCAAGGCUCAAUGCUCCAUCUUCUUUAGUGGCAGCUCCAGAUGGAACUCUCUACGUGGCAGACCUGGGCAACAUCCGCAUCCGGGCCAUCUCUCGAAAUGGGCCAACUCAGACUUCCAGUGCCAGUACAUAUGAGGUGGCUUCCCCCGACGCUCAGGAGCUGUAUGUGUUUGACAGCAAUGGCACCCACCAACACACUGCAAGCCUGCUCACUGGCGACUUAAAGUACUCUUUCAGCUACAGCACAGAGAAUGACAUCACAGCUGCUACUGACAGCAGUGGCAACACCCUGAGAAUCCGCAGAGACCCCAACAGAAUGCCAGUGCGUAUCGUCGCCCCUGACAACCAAGUGAUCUGGCUAACCAUGGGCACCAACGGCGGAUUGAAAACUCUUACAGCUCAAGGCCAGGAGCUAGUGCUUCUUACUUACCAUGGUAACAACGGGCUGCUUGCAACAAAGACAUCAGAAAUUGGUUGGACAACUUUCUUUGACUAUGACAGUGAAGGACGGCUAAUGAAUGUGACGUUCCCCACCGGAAUGGUAAAUAACUUGUACGCAGACAUAUACAGCGCUCUGACAGUGGAUGUUGAAAGCUCGUUGACAGAGGAGGAAAUCAGCAUCACUACGAAUACCUCAACCAUCCGUGCCUUCUACACUCUGGCUCAGGACCAAUGUAGAAGUAGCUAUCAAGUGGGAUUUGACAACUCUCUGAGGAUUACCUAUGCCAACGGGAUGGACACCCACUACCAGACAGAGCCCCACAUCCUGGCAGGCGCUGCCAACCCAACUGUAGCCAGACGCAACAUGAGCUUGCCAGGGGAGAGUGGGCAAAACUUGGUUGAGUGGCGUUUCCGCAAGGAACAAGCCAGAGGGAAAGUUAUUGUGUUUGGACGCAAGCUAAGGGUAAACGGGCGCAACAUUCUUUCGGUCGAUUAUGAUCGCACCCUAAGGACAGAGAAGAUUUAUGACGACCACAGGAAGUUCCUUUUAAAGAUUAUAUACGACACAGCGGGACACCCGGUGCUCUGGGUGCCCAGCAGUAAGCUCCUGCCAGUUAAUGUGAGCCGCACAAGCAGCGGGCAAAUUAGUGCCCUACAGAGAGGUCCCACCACUGAGAGACUAGAGUACGACACUCAGGGACGUUUGGUAUCCAGGGUGUUCGCUGAUGGCAAGAUAUGGAGUUACACCUAUUUGGAGCAGUCCAUGGUUCUCCUGCUUCACAGUCAGCGCCAGUACAUAUUUGAUUUCGACUCUUUGGACCGGCUUUCUGCUGUCACCAUGCCAAGUGUAGCUCGUUACACCAUGCAGACCAUCCGUUCUGUGGGCUACUACAGGAACCUUUAUCACCCCCCAGAGAGCAACGCCUCAGUGGCUGUAGACUACACCGAAGAUGGCCUCCUGUUGAGAGUAUCUCAUUUCGGCACUGGUCGUAGGGUGUUAUAUAGGUACCGGCGGCAGAACAAGCUUUCAGAGAUACUGUAUGACAGCACAAGGGUCAGCUUCACCUACGAUGAGACGGCAGGUGUGCUGAAGACUGUCAACCUGCAAAAUGAAGGUUUCAUCUGCUCCAUUCGUUACCGCCAAGUAGGCCCUCUGGUGGACCGGCAGAUUUUCCGUUUCAGUGAGGAUGGCAUGGUCAAUGCCCGCUUCGACUACACCUACGACAGCAGCCUGCGUGUCACCAGUGUGCAAGGUGUCAUCAAUGAAACACCGCUACCCAUUGACCUAUACCAGUUUGAUGACAUCUCAGGAAAAGUUGAACAGUUUGGAAAGUUUGGAGUGAUUUACUAUGAUAUAAAUCAGAUCAUAUCCACUGCAGUCAUGACCUACACCAAGCACUUUGAUGCGCAUGGACGCAUCAAGGAGAUCCAGUAUGAGAUAUUUCGCUCAUUGAUGUACUGGAUCACUUUCCAGUACGAUGAUGUUGGCCGAGUCACCAAGCGAGAGAUAAAGAUCGGUCCCUUUGCCAACACCACAAAGUACAGCUACGAGUAUGAUGUGGAUGGCCAACUCCAGACUGUAUACUUAAAUGACAAAGUGAUGUGGAGGUACACCUACGACCUCAAUGGAAAUCUGCAUCUGCUGAACGCAGGAAACAGUGCCAGGCUUCUUCCUCUCCGCUAUGACUUAAGAGAUCGAAUCACUCGCCUUGGUGACAUCCAGUACAGAAUGGAUGAAGAUGGAUUUCUCCGUCAAAGGGGAGCAGAGAUCUUUGAGUAUAACUCCAAAGGACUUUUAGUUCGAGUCUACAGCAAGAGCAGUGGCUGGACGAUUCAGUAUCGAUAUGAUGGACUGAGCCGCAGAGUGUCGACCAAGACGAGCCUGGGGCAACACCUGCAGUACUUUUAUGCAGAUCUGAGUUAUCCAGCCAGGAUUACGCAUGUCUAUAACCACUCCAGUUCAGAGAUCACCUCACUUUACUAUGACCUCCAAGGUCACCUGUUUGCUAUGGAGAUCAGUAGCGGAGAGGAAUUCUACAUUGCCUGUGAUAACACUGGCACACCGUUGGCAGUGUUCACCAGCAACGGCCUCCUGGUCAAACAGCUCCAGUACACAGCAUAUGGUGAGAUCUACUUCGACUCGAACCCAGAUUUUCAGCUGGUACUCGGGUUUCACGGAGGACUGUACGACCCCUUGACCAAACUACUGCACUUUGGAGAGAGAGAUUAUGAUAUAAUGUCUGGAAGGUGGACUCUUCCAGAUGUGUCUUUGUGGAAGAAAGUUAGCAAAGAGCCCGCUCCUUUUAAUUUGUACAUGUUCAGAAAUAAUAACCCCAUCAGCAAAGUUCAUGAAGUGAGAGAAUAUGUUGCUGACGUGAACAGCUGGCUUGUAACCUUCGGCUUUCAUCUACACAACACCAUUCCUGGGUUUCCAGUGCCCAAAUUUGAUUUAAGCAUGCCAUCCUAUGAACUGAUCAAGAGCCAGCUGUGGGACGAUCUGCCGUCUAUCUCUGGGGUCCAGCAGGAAGUAACCAGACAGGCGCAUUCUCUCUUGUCAUUCGAGCGGCUGCCAGAGGUCCAUCUUAGUAGAGGUCGCAGAGGUGAAAAGUCCUGGCUGUGGUUCUCAGCAGCAAUGUCUCCCAUCGGAAGGGCUGUUAUGUUUGCUAUCUACAAAGGCAGUGUCCACACUCACACACUCAAUGUGGCAAGUGAGGACUGUGUCAGGGUUGCAACCAUCCUCAACAAUGCUUUCUAUCUGGAAGACCUCCACUUUACUAUUGAAGGGAGGGACACACACUAUUUUGUCAAGCCGGGCCUUCCAGAUGCUGACCUUGCGGCGCUGCACCUCACCAGUGGACAUAAAACUUUGGAUAAUGGAAUCAAUGUGACUGUUUCCCAGUCCACCACAGUCAUGGAUAGUCGCACCAGGCGUUUUGCAGAUGUGGAGAUUCGAGCUGGAGCUCUGGCUCUUCAUAUUCGCUACGGAUCAACGGUGGACGAGGAGAAAGCGCGGGUGGUUGAGCUUGCUCGUCAGCGUGCUCUGGCAGGUGCGUGGGCGAGAGAACAGCAACGAGUGCGUGAUGGUGAGGAGGGCAUACGACCCUGGACAGAGGGCGAGAAGAGGCAGCUUCUGAGCGGUGGAAAAGUUUUGGGUUAUGAUGGGUACUAUGUGCUCUCGACUGAGCAGUACCCAGAAUUAGCAGAUAGCGCCAAUAACAUCCAUUUUCUUCGGCAAAGUGAAAUCGGGAAAAGGUAAUAUGAGGUGUAUUUUCUGCCAAAGAGACUUUGUUUUGGUAGAAACAUAACAACCGACAAAACAAGCAACUGUCGAAUGUUGCUGAUAUGUACCCCAAGUGUCAAUGUGUUUUUGUAUUAAAAAAAAAAAGAAAGAAAAAAAGAAAAAAUAUUACAAGGGGUCAAAAGCAAUGCUGUGCAUUGUGAUCUUGGGGACUACAGAGUAAAUGUAUGACUACACCAAGCCUUAAUAUGGCAAUUACAGGUCAGUUCCUCUGUAGCACAAGCCUUUUGGACUCUGGACUUUGAAGCAGAGGAAUACUGUCUUUGGGAAAACAGCAAGCUAAUUUAGGUGUUUCAUGUUUUUUGUUCAUUCUGUUUUCAUCAAAAAAAAGUCUGGCUCAACAUAAAUUAACAUAAGAGCAAACAAAAUGUUUACAUUAUGCAUAUCUGCACUUCUCUAGAAGUAUGAAGCUCUUCAGUUCACACUCCUAGAGUGAGCAGUGUCCUUGAGCAGAUGUUUGUUUUUAAAUCAGAGACUUCUGACUUUAGAGAUAUCCUCACCACCCACUAUGUAUACCAGAUUUAGCACUGUAAACAUCAGAAUCAUUGAAAUGUCUUAUUCUAUUUAAAAAUGCUUUUAAACAAACAAAAAAAAAAAAAACAGUUUCAUGUUUGAUUACCCAGUAUUCAUUGUGUGAAAGGACAGUAAUGGUAUUAAGAACUCUCUUGGGGGGGGUGGGGGGAGGAGGCACAACUGUGUCUUGAACAGCACAGGGACACCGUGUUUUGUAAAUUAUGCAAGAGUUUUAUGCUGUUUUUGUUUUUUUAUUUUAUUUUUUUUAUGAAACUAAAUGUGUGUAUUAGUCAUACUGUAUUAACAGUAAUUUAUGUUGUGUUUAUACAUAAAUAAAUCCCAGAUGAUUUAGAUUUUUUUUUUUAUUAUUUUAAAUGUUUUUCCAGACAUGCCUUUUUUAUGUUCUGUUCCUGCUAAUAUGGCUAAUGUGGGGCUUCUUCACAAUGCUCUGUUAAAGUGAGAAGUAAUUAACAGAAAUCUGUGCAUGUAGUGACAAGUAUUUACACGUGGUGAUGUAUCUAUAACAUGCAGUCAACUAUUAUUUCCACUAAAUUUAAUGUUUAUUGGGCAUAAUGCCUUUUGACCUGGCUUCCUGUCCAAUGAAUAUUUCAUCAACACAAAUAUUUCAUGAACCCAUCUCACAUAAACAAGGUUACAGUGGAUCCAAAUAUAGAUCACAUCCAUGUUCUCAGUAGGUAUACUUUUUUUUGAAUGUUCAAUGCACUCAUGGAUUAAAAUAAUAUUGGGGUUCUU